GUGGGCGGUCACACCAUGCUGCCCAUCCGCUGGAUGCCUCCAGAGAGCAUCAUGUACAGGAAGUUCACCACAGAGAGUGAUGUGUGGAGUCUGGGCGUGGUCCUCUGGGAGAUCUUCACCUACGGCAAACAGCCCUGGUAUCAGCUCUCCAACAACGAGGUCAGUCUCACCUCUCACCUAACCUUAACUCUAACCCUCUGACCAUACUCUACCUCCAUCCUAGCCUGGGUGCCAGUCUGUUUCUGCUCUCUUGCCACCUCCUUAUAACAGUUCCAUGAGGAGGUGGCAAAAAGCAGAACAGACUACCAGGCUACCUCCAACCUAACUCCCUAACUGGAAUAUUAUUCUAAACCCUCACGUCCAUUCCUUUGGUAAAGCUUUAGCCUAAGCCUAUAUGUGUAGGUCUGAGAGUAUUGGAGAGUAAGAAAUGUAAAGACAAUUAAAUCUGGCCUAUCAGCUGGCAAGAUGGAGCUUGUAUGUCUACUUGUGGUCUAAUUGAAGUGAUUCUGACACUGACCCCAUGUAUCUGCCCCUGUGCCCCCCCCCCCACCACCCACAGGUGAUUGAGUGUAUUACACAGGGGCGUGUCCUGCAGCGGCCUCGCACCUGUCCCAAAGAGGUGUACGACCUGAUGCUG